GGUGACGUGCAAUUCGCAAGUUCUCCUGGACAGGGGCAGUACAACUGUGAUUAACAUUAUCACUACGAGUAAAUGGAAUACACUUACAUCGACGUAGAUUUGAUUCUUUGAGAAAGCAACAUGGGCAUCCCCACGGGGUCCGCGUGGCUAAUUCUUGUAACAACUCUCAGCUCAGCUGCAACAUCUACAGCUGCAUCUUGCAAGUACAGCCCCGAAAGCCGACUUAUGGACUGCCGUAAAGUAAGCCUUAUGUUCCUGCAGGUCGGGAAGUAUCCACUAAACGACACUUCCGUUCAAGUCCUCUCGCUGUGGAAUACCGGACUCUCAGAAUUGAAAGAAAACGUCUUCGGUAAGCUAACAGAUUUAGAGACACUGUCUCUGGGGAGCAACCUUCUGGUGAAUUUGCAUCACAAUGUAUUUAGCACCCUCUCUCAGUUGCGUUCACUCGAUCUGAGCUAUAACAAAAUUGCAUCUUUAACAGACAAUCGCCUUUUCGCCUCACAAAAGAACCUCUUAUAUCUGCAUCUGGAAUCCAAUCAACUGACCACACUACCCGCAGAAGUGUUAUAUCCUAUGGUAUCUCUGCAUCGGUUGUACUUGUCCUUCAAUCUGUUUGUGUGCAACUGUCAGCUUCUCCCUACUAUGAUGUGGUGCCAACAGAAGUGUUUAAUUACUGAAGCUACUUGCAACGUACCUGCCAACUACACGUGGGAGACUUGGAGUGCGUCACAUAACGAGACCUGCGCAGAGCCAAGCGAAACAGUUUCUGAGAAACCUUCCUGUGCAUAUGCAUGUUUGUACACAAAAAGCUUCGAAAUGAUGGAUUGCAGAAACAUUUUAAUCACGAGCCUAAAAGCUGGUAAAGCUCCUUUGCACGUAAUUUCAUUAAGUGUACUGAACUUUCGCAAUACAAACCUUACUGAAAUUGAACCCCAUGCAUUCAGUCAAUUAAAAAGACUGACGAUUCUCUAUCUGAACUACAAUCAACUCGAGAUUCUGGACUAUCGAAUCUUUGCAAAUCUUACUGAGCUUACUUUCAUCGAUUUGUCGAACAACAGACUUCUUUCUCUGCCGGACGAAAGGAUCUUUGCUUCACUAGGAAAGCUAGAGAUAUUGCUACUGAAUAGUAAUAGACUGACGACUUUAAAAAUAGGCGUGGUAAAACCGCUUUAUUCUUUAAAUGAAUUGCAUCUGUCUGGAAACCCACUCGAGUGCAGCUGUCAACUUUAUGCCACGUUACAGUGGUGCAAACAACGAGGAGUGUAUCUUCCUUUCUCUUGCAAGAUACCUGGGGGUUUCAGGUUCAUUCCAAGGGGGACACUCGAAGAAGGAAGAAGUUGUGACACUCCUACGCAGUCUAACCCGACUACAGAAUUACCUGCCAAGAGCACGCUGCCAUCUACAGUAACGGCGAAUAUUAAUGUUUACACAAAAAUUCUUUUGCAAGUAACAACAGACUCAAAUCACAUUGACAGUUCAGAUAAAAAUGACUCUGAAAUUAGUUCGUCUCCAUUUUCUUGCAUAUACACUACCACCUACCAUGAGAAAAUUGAUUGCUCGAACAGUGACUUGGGUGGCCUCAGUGUUGGUAAAUACCCUUUAAAUGUAACCUCACUUGACACACUGAAUCUACAUAACACGGGCCUUACUGCACUAGAACCUCAUGUAUUCAACCGGCUACGAAGCCUCAGAGUUCUCUAUUUGAGUGGCAAUCAGUUGCAGCAUUUACAUUACCGCCUGUUCGAAAAUCUUACUGAACUGUGUCUCCUUGAUCUGUCUUACAAUUUACUGGUGUCUCUGCCGCCAGGUACACGCACGUUUCGUUCUCAGGGGAAGUUGGAAACACUCGCACUGAACAACAACCAACUCACGUACAUAGAUGAAGGGCUCUUGAAACCAUUGCAUUCCUUACGGAAACUAUAUUUGUCUGGAAACCCAUUCACAUGCGACUGCCGACUUCAUGCUGCGGUACUUUUGAGUGAAGAGCGUUACAUAUUCACAGACGCUACCUGCAAUUGGCCAGCGAAGCUCAGAGGAGCUGCCUGGCAAAUACUGAAGGAAAAGGAGAGCUGUGACAGUCAUGAGCAACAGGGCGUGCCUCGCGAUGUAGCCCUCCCGAUUGUUGUGGUCUGUCUGGUGCUGUUUUGUGGGCUCUGCGCUCUCUUUGGGUUCUGCUGCUGGUGCAGAAGACGGCGAUGCAUUACCGGCCACCAGGGAAAAAGGAUGCACGAAUAUGACGACGUCGGGCUAUCGGGACUUGGUGCAAACGUCCCCCCACAUGCUCAAGUGCCGGAUUACGCUUCGAUAUUAUCCGAUCUUCCUAACAGCGCUACUAAUGUCAGUUCCUCCAGGAGUAAUAUUUCGUCUCAUGUAUAUGACUAUGUGGCAUACCUGGAAUCCAAGGAACCUGGAACCUCGCACUUAGUGCCGCGUUCCCAAUGUCCGAGUGCUGUCGCUUCAUCACACGCAUAUGAUGAUGUGCGGAACCAGAUACCUGAGCAAGGAUCAUAUGUACUGCCCAAUUCGGCUUGAAGCGGGAAAUACGUAUACACUCGUUAUACAUAACAAGAUGUUAACGCGUUUUGAAAUUAUAAUACAUACAAUAUACAUAUUUAUAUUCAGGCACUGUUUAGAAGUGUGUUUCCAGUAUUAAAGUCACUAUAACGAACCGCUGUGGGUUAAUGUGCCGGUUCGAUUCUCUGCUGCAAUAAUGGUGGGGGGGAGGCAGUUGUCGGAACGGCACGUCUCUGCUUUCUAGCCUACUCAUCUCACGGUUCGCGACCCCUGUGCGCACAUCGGACUAAGUCGCAUAUCUGCAGCCAGUAGAAGCCGAGCACAGUGGCCGCGCGGUUUAAGGCAGCUCGAAAGCUGGGAUCGUGGGUUCGAAUUCCACAGAUGUC